AAUAUUUUUUUAAAUUUCAAUUUUUUCAAAUCGAACGCCGCGCGCCAAUUUUGACAUAACAAUGGCGACGAUGGAUCACAGGGAAUUCAGAGUUAAAGCCAAAGAGCUUGUGGACUUCAUAGCCGACUACUUGGAGAAUGUAGGUGACAACCGCGUGUACCCUGACGUGCAGCCAGGGUACUUACAUAAGCGGCUGCCGAACGAAGCACCGAAUUCGCCGGAGUCGUGGGAUGAUAUCUUUAAAGAUGUGCAGGAGCAUAUUAUGCCUGGGAUUGUCCACUGGCAGAGUCCCCACAUGCACGCGUACUUCCCGGCUCUAACGUCAUACCCUUCUAUCAUGGGGGAAAUGCUGUCUAGUGCUCUGAACGUUUUGUGUUUUACUUGGGCCUCGUCACCAGCUGGAACCGAAUUGGAGACCAUAGCCAUGAACUGGCUGGGCAAGCUUCUCGGUCUGCCCGAAUGCUUCCUUAAUGAGAAGAAUGAUAGCCCUGGAGGUGGUGUUAUACAGACAACAGCAAGUGAAGCAACCCUGGUGAGUCUACUGGCAGCUCGUACGAGAGCUCUGAUGGAGCUGUCCAAGCUGAACCCUGAACUGCAGUCUUCUGAACUAUUGGGGCAUUUGAUAUGUUACUGCUCUGACCAGGCACAUUCUUCUGUGGAAAAAGCUGGGCUUAUUGGUCUGGUGAGAAUGCGUUACAUCGAGUCUGAUGAGAAGCAAUGCAUGCGAGGCGAUAAGCUAGAUGAAGCUAUACUUAGCGAUAAGGCUAAGGGCCUUGUUCCGUUUUGGGUAUGCGCAACCCUCGGCACAACAGGAUCUGUAGCGUUCGACAAUCUUCGUGAAAUUGGACAAGUGUGCGAAAAACAUUCGGCCUGGCUCCAUGUAGACGCUGCGUAUGCUGGCAGUGCUUUUAUAUGCCCGGAGUUUAGACACUGGCUUGACGGUGUUGAAAUGGCGGAUUCUUUCGCUUUUAACCCGUCAAAAUGGUUGAUGGUGAACUUCGAUUGUACCGCUAUGUGGGUGAGAGACAGCACAGCUCUACACAGGACUUUCAACGUAAAUCCUAUAUAUUUGAGACAUGAAAACUCAGGAAAAGCGAUUGAUUACAUGCAUUGGCAGAUACCUUUAAGCCGUCGCUUCCGAGCCUUAAAGUUGUGGUUCGUUCUGAGAAACUAUGGGAUUUCUGGACUACAGAAGCAUAUCCGUGAGGGCGUGCGUUUAGCGCAAAAGUUCGAAGCCUUGGUUCUUGCUGAUCAACGUUUCGAAAUUCCUCAGCCAAGCAACUUGGGUAUGGUAGCAUUCCGUUUAAAAGGCGACAAUACACUAACGGAACUACUUCUAAAACGCCUGAACGGUAGAGGCUAUAUACACGCGGUUCCGGCCUGUUUCAAAGGUGUCUAUGUUAUUAGAUUCACUGUAACAUCGCAGCGGACUACUAAUCAAGAUAUUUUGGAUGAUUGGAAUGAAAUAAAAACCGUUGCUUCUGAAAUCUUGGUGGAUAUGUUCGGAUCAGAGAACGGUAACAUCGUGGUAUCUAAGAAGCCAAGGAUUUCUUUGAAAGAAACUCGCGAACUAAACGCAACAUUCGGCACAAGCCUGUUGCUAGCGAACAGCCCCAUGAGCCCCAAGAUCGUGAACGGCACACACGCCGCCAUCUGCGAGUACGAGCAACUGCUCUCUUCUUGUGCGCAUACAUUCGCGCAGUUGAAUAUGGAGCCGAAGGAUAGUCCUGAAAUGCGCAGACGGAUCCGCGGUAUCCGCAUGGUCGGCAAGAAGUUCUCUCUCGACUCUUGCAUGGACAUGGUCCAGGGGCUCAUGAUGGAACAAUCCCUCCCUCUUUGUUCGGAGGAGAGAGAGGACGCGUCUAAUGGUUCCAGUCCAGCUGAUCGUUCAAUUUCUUCUUCACCAGUCACUUCAAGCAACACUAUAAAGCAAGACACGAAUGUAGAUUCUAACCAACUUUACGUACCAAGCACUCCCUCUAAGCAAAUCCGAUCCAGAUCCGUAGAUGUCUCCCUUUCAGAACUUAACUUCGAAGACGCUAAAAUUACAGUCGACGUGAAAAAUAACGAAAUACGAAUAACACCAACUGAUACGAAAAAAACUAUAAUCGAUGAUAAGAUUCAUUUUAACGUUGUCGAUGAGAAACUUAACAUAGGCAACCCUGAGUUUGGUAACGUGCAAGAUGUUCAAGCAGGUAUUGAAGACCCUAAUGCAAAAUUGACUAUAAAGGGUCCUGGUUCUUAUAUUAAGAAGUUAAUUCAACAGUUUAGUGAAGGUCCCUUUGAAGGAGAUGAUAAACCUGAGUCGGAUAGAGCUAUUUCUACACAGAGUAUUAAGAAUAAGGCAGAUGCGAUUUGCAGGAAAUGCCUGCAUUAUAAAGGGAAGAUUACUAAGUAAAAGCAUUAUCAAACGUUUAAGAUAAUGUUUAUUAUCAAACUAAUAUAAUCCGGCAUUUUAGAUAUUAUCCAAAUUAGAUAUUGAUGCUUCAAUUUUAUUAUAGACUUUAUGCUUGAUUAGAUUGUAUUUCGUCAUCCCUACUAAUAUUAAUGCGAAAGUAACUCUGUCUGUCUGUUACGCUUUCCCGCUUAAACCUCUCAA